AAGGUCACCGCGGUGCCGCAGCAGAGAUAGGCGUUCAUCUCCGGGGCCAAGCGUCUUGCUCUGCUGGGUUUGCUCAGUCUGGAGGUAAAUCUGUCAGCUUGUGUGUGAUAGUAACCAAGUGGAAACCUCCCACGUUAACAGGGAACUGCGUACGCACGGGUUCAAAGGACACACGCCCUGCCCUUGAGUCUGCCCGUGAGAGCGCCGCGCCGCUCUUUAUCAGGUGAGGGUUCUGCUGGGAGUCGGCCACUGCAGCCUCGGUCCACCUGGGAAACACUUUCUUCUGCUGGAGCUCUUCCCCCCCGACCACAGCCACGAUGCCCAAAACAGUCAAUGUUCGCGUCACCUCGAUGGACGCGGAGCUGGAGUUCUCCUUCCACCCCAACACCACAGGGAAGCAGCUCUUCGACCAGGUUUCCAGAACCAUCGGCCUCCGGGAGGUUUGGUACUUCGGGCUGCAGUUCACCGACAUCAGAGGACUCACCACAUGGCUGAACUUUGAGAAGAAGGUGAUGGGCCAGGAUGUGAAGAAGGAGACGCCCCUGCAGUUCAAACUGAAGGCCAAGUUCUACCCAGAGGACGUGACCGAGGAGCUGAUCCAGGACGUCACCAGGAGGCUCUUCUUCCUGCAGGUGAAGGAGGACCUUCUGUCGGAGGUGAUCUACUGCCCUCCGGAGUCCGCCGUGCUGCUCGCCUCCUACGCCGUCCAGGCCAAGUACGGAGAGUACCAAAAGGCGGUGCACCCCCCGGGUUACCUGUCCUCCGAGCGCCUGCUGUCCAAUAAAGUGCUGAAGCAACACAAGCUGUCCAAGGAGCAGUGGCAGGACAGAAUCCAGACCUGGCACCAGGAGCACGGCUCCAUGCUGAAGGAAGAGGCCAUGAUCGAGUAUCUGAAGAUCACUCAGGACCUGGAGAUGUAUGGCGUCAACUACUUUGAGAUCAAGAACAAGAAAACCACCGAGUUGUGGUUGGGAGUGGACGCUCUGGGACUCAACAUCUACGAGAAGGAGGACAGGCUGACUCCAAAGAUCGGAUUCCCUUGGAGUGAAAUUAGAAACAUUUCUUUCAAUGAUAAGAAAUUUGUCAUCAAGCCCAUAGACAAGAAAGCCCCUGAUUUUAUAUUCUACGCUCCGCGGCUGCUAGUGAACAAACGCAUCCUCCAGCUGUGCAUGGGAAACCACGAGCUGUUCAUGCGCCGCCGCAAGCCCGACAGCAUCGAGGUCCAGCAGAUGAAGGCCCAGGCCAGAGAGGAGCGGCUGCACAAGAAGAUGGAGAAGGAUCAGCUGGAGAGCGAGAAGAAGAAGAGGGAGGCCAUCGAGAAAGAGAAGGAGCAGAUGGAGAGAGAGAAGCAGGAUAUGAUGAAGAAGCUCUACGAGUUUGAGGAGACGACCAAGCGAGCAGAGAUCGAGCUUCAGGAGCAGCUGGAGCGGGGCGUGAGGCUGGAGGAGGAGAGGAGGAAGGUGGAGCAGGAGGCGGCGCGGCUGGAGACCGAGAGGAUGGAGGCCAUUAUAGCCAAGGAGGAGCUGGUCAGGCAAGCCGAGGACCAGAUAAAGAGCCAGGAGCAGCUGUCUGCAGAUCUGGCUGAGUACAGCGCCAAGAUCUUUCUGCUGGAGGAGGCCAAGAGAAUCAAGGAGGAAGAGGCUGACUCAUGGCACAACAAGGUCAUAGAGGUGGAGGAGAAUCUGCUGAAGACAAGAGAAGAGCUGACCCUUGCAAUGACUGCAGCUCCUGUACCCGCUCCUCCUGCAACCCCUCCUCCCGCACCGGCUUCUCCCGCACCCGCUUCUCCUGUUCCCGCUCCUCCUGCUUCCUCCUCCUCCUCCUCCUCCUCUUCGGACAGCGAGAGCGAACACGAGAACAGCGAGGAGAACAGCACCUACAGCGCCGAGCUGCCGACGCAGGGCAUCGAGGACCACCCUGAGGAGGAGGAGCGGCUCACAGAGGCCGAGAAGAACCAGCGCCUGCAGAACAAACUCCUGGCCCUGAGAUCCGAGCUGGCGGACGCCCGGGAGGAUAACACAAAGACCCCGAACGACCUGCUCCACGCCGAGAACGUCCGGGCCGGCCGGGACAAGUACAAGACCCUGCGUCAGAUCCGCAUGGGCAACACCAAGCAGAGGAUUGACGAGUUCGAGUGCUUGUAGGAAAUCCUCAGAGACCCGAAGAUCUCUCUCAAAUACCUCAAACACCUCCCUGCCAUUCCACCAUCUUAUAAUCCAAAGUGCGAAGUAAUCAUCUGCUCGUAAAGACCCAGAGAAAGCAUGAAGAUGAUAUUUGUCAGUUUAACGUUUGCUUGAAAGCACUUUCUUCUUUCUUUGUGGCCCUCAAACAUCUCCAGUGUGCAGUUCAGUCCGUAUUGCUCGACAACUUUGUGUUGAUCUUUUACAAAAAACAACAUAAAGCUAGCGUUAUUGCAAUUUGGCUCUGCAGUUUUGUUAUUAAUUAAAUGUAAGAAUGUGUUGUUAAUGUCUUGUAUUGCAACCACUGCCUUAAAUGAUCACUUCAUUAUCAACUGAUUUUUAUAAAUUGUUUCAUCUAUAAAAUGCCAGAAAAACUUCGGGGUCAUGUUCCAAAACUGAAAGAGAAUUUUUAAAGCUGAAACUAGAGGAAGUUUAGCAUUUUAAUAAAUGACUUAUUAAUCCUUAUCUAAGUUGUUGAUGACUCAUUUUCUGUUAACCCACUAACAGGUUCAUUUAUUAUGUUUUGGAAACCAGUUUUAUUUAACUUCUACUUUCCAUCCCGUUUAAAAUUAGCAUUAUAGCCUUUAGUGUUAAAAAGCCGAUUUAGAGUCAGACUUUCAGGUUUAGAAAUGUUUACUGACAACUCCAUCUACAACUGUCCCGUAAACACAACGUUGUGUUGUGCUCCUUUAAACAGACACGAGUGUGAACCUUCACUGAGGGACAGUGGAAACUGAGAUCAUCCUCUUCCACCUUAAAGAAUAAAACAUUUAAAACCA